CCCAACGUACUUGUUGAAGUUACAAAACAAGAUAAUGCAGGUACGACAUACGAAUGUGGUAAUCAAGGCCCCUCCGUGAAGAAGUCACGCAGUGUCAGUUACAUAGCUGAAGAGGAACGGAUGAGUUUCAUAAACAACCUUGUCAGUGGAAGUGGACAAGAAAAUGUCAGCAUACCUGGUGGACAUAAAAGAAAAUCUUACGAAACUGCCAAGGAAACAACAAAGGUGACAACAGAAGACAUCAACAAGAUGCAGUACAUCUUUUUCCAAAAACAGAAUGAACUGUCCGAUGUCCAGAUCCGAAGCUUCGCAGCAAUGAAGACAUUCUUCAAGUGUGCCACUGAAAAAAUGCAAGAGAAGGAACAAUCCUUCAGCCAAACACUAGCGGGAUUCAUGGCGCAUUUCAGAAAUGAUGUUACAUUUGCAUGA